ACCCUCAUUCUUUGUAGGUAACCAUGAGUGAUCGAAAGGCUGUGAUCAAAAAUGCAGAUAUGUCUGAGGAGAUGCAGCAGGACUCUGUGGAGUGUGCUACACAGGCCUUGGAAAAAUAUAACAUUGAGAAGGAUAUCGCUGCCCACAUAAAGAAGGAGUUUGACAAGAAAUACAAUCCUACUUGGCACUGCAUUGUGGGAAGAAAUUUUGGCAGCUAUGUGACUCACGAGACCAAACACUUCAUCUACUUUUACCUGGGUCAAGUUGCUAUUCUCCUUUUCAAAUCCGGUUAGAAUAUGGGACUUUUUCACCCAAAUACGCAUUCGGUUACAGGACUGCACGCUAAUUCCAAAUAGACUGAAGUCUUCAGCCUUCCCCAGGGAACAUACCUUGAUCUUCAAGCCUUUUGUUUUAAUUGCAGGUACUUCUGUGUACCAAUUUGUGUUUUUGUUGUGGCCAUAAAAAAUAGCAAAAAAGCAAGCUUGUAUGUAUUUUCUUUCUAAAACAAACAAUCCAUCCAAGUUUUCUAAUAAAACUGUUGGGUAUCCAUCA